AUGGGUAAUUUGUGCAAAAAAGAACAAAAUCCAAGUAGUUCUUAUAGAUCUUCAAUUUACUAUGAGCCAAGAAAAGGAAUCUGUAUAAAAGAGAACUUAAUUGAGCGAUAUCUGUUUGAUCGACGAUAAAGUCUUUUGGUACCAAGCCUGAGUAGGUAAAUAAUCAAAGAAGAACUUGGUCAAGAGACUGGUACACCAAAACUUGAUGAUAGUUUACUCAAAGGCAGUCACUUUACAUCUUGUACAUCGAAUUAAAGAGAAAGUUCUAUUACUAAUAACACAAUCUAAUUGUUAAAUGUGAAUUCUUAAGGAAAUCUACACUCUCACAGAAUUCGAUAUCCCAAUUCUCGAUUGAAUGAGGUGAUUUGCUGCAAAGAUUGUGGUAAUGAUUAUGACAAUUGGACAGUCGAAAAUGUGGAUGAUAAUUUAGUUAAAAUAUAUCAUCCUCUCACUAAAUGCUACUUGAAAACUCAAUAAAAGAGUAGUAAUGGCUAAAUCGAUGUCGGAGGUGGUGAACAAGGUGAUGCUUGGUAAAUUGAAAAACUCAAUGAUAAUAAUAUAAAAAUACGACACUAAGAGACUGGGUAUUAUUUGUAAACUAAUCUCAAUUAAUACAAGCCUGAAGGUUAAAUCAUAGUUUCUUUGUUAAGUAUCGAUUCUGGAAAACCUGAUGAUACUAGUACUCUUUGGAAAGUAAUUGAAAUUCAAUGA